AUGGCCACUCAAGUGAUGGGCGAAGCCCUCCACGCUCUGCUUCGGCGAGCGGCGGAAGAUACAGAUCCCGAUGAUUCCCCCGAGGCAGGCUCCAAGGAGAUUACCAGCUCCUGGGCGCUGUUUAUCAUGAUUAUGCUCCUGAUGUUCGCCUUGUUCACAAGUUACAUCCUCCAGCAGAGGAAGAUCCAAGCUGUCCACGAAACAGUACUAUCAAUUUUCGCGGGGAUGUUUGUCGGGCUCAUCAUCCGUCUAUCGUCCAAAUCCAACCUCCAGGACAGCGUCGCCUUCGACUACCAAUUCUUCUUUAACCUCCUCCUCCCUCCCAUCAUCCUCGCUUCCGGAUACGAGCUUCAUCAAGCCAAUUUCUUCCGGCAUAUCGGUACAAUUCUUACCUUUGCGUUCGCCGGCACUUUUAUUUCGGCCAUCGUCCUCGGCCUGGUAUUGUACCUCUGGACACGGAUCCCGCUGGACGGGCUCAACAUUUCCUUUGUCGAAGCAAUCUCCGUCGGUGCGACAUUAUCCGCUACGGAUCCUGUUACCAUUCUCGCCAUCUUCAAUCUUUACAAGGUCGAGCCGAAGCUGUACACGGUCAUUUUUGGUGAGGCGCUUUUGAACGAUGCUAUUGCUAUUGUCCUUUUCGAGACUGCGCAGAAGUAUGCGGAGAGUGAGGCUGGCUCUUUGACAUUUUUGAAUCUGUUUGAAGCUGCUGGGUUCUUCUUGCUUGUCUUCUUUGGUAGCAUGUUGGUUGGUAUUGUUGUUGGUAUCGCUACUGCACUGGGACUCAAGUAUACUUUAGUCCGGCGGAUGCCCAAGAUUGAGAGUUGUUUGAUUGUCUUGAUUGCUUACGCCAGCUACUUCUUCUCUAAUGGCGUUCAUUUUUCUGGCAUCGUAUCCCUCUUGUUCUGUGGUAUCACAUUGAAGCAUUACGCCUACUAUAACAUGUCUCGCCGCACCCAGUUAACGACGAAGUACCUGUUCCAGGUGAUGGCGCAGUUGUCGGAGAAUUUUAUCUUCAUCUACCUUGGACUGGACCUGUUCGUCGAGUCGAACCUGCAUUUCAACCCGCUGUUCAUCCUGGUGUCGGUCUUUGGCAUUUGCCUUGCCCGGUACCUUGCUGUGUUCCCUCUUUCAAAGGCCAUCAAUUGGUUCAUUCGCUACCGAGCUCGUCGUCGGGGGAUAGAAGUUGCGGACGAAUUGCCAUUCGCAUAUCAAGCGAUGCUUUUCUGGGCUGGUCUGCGUGGUGCUGUCGGCGUUGCGCUAGCAGCGGGUCUUUCUGGCGUUAACGCGCCCACUCUACGGGCCACAGUUCUUGUCGUUGUCGUGUUGACUGUGAUCAUCUUUGGAGGCACGACGGCACGCAUGUUGGAGAUUCUGGGUAUUCGAACCGGAGUCGUCGAGGAGAUUGACUCAGAUGACGAGUUUGACAUCGAAGUCACUCAUGGUGGUACCUACUAUAAACGCUCCGAUACUGCUCUGGGGUACACGCCCCGACGCACUGAUAUCCCUCUCGAUGGAGUUAACCAACCAACUCGCGCCGGUGUCGAUCGAGCAGAUAGCUACUCGACCGGUAGCACCCGUCGCCCUAGCCCCCCUCAGGGUCAUACCCGGAUGUACUCGGCAGCCUACACCCCCAGGGACGCCCAAUCCCGACGUGAUCACUCAUCGGCGGCAACCCUCCUGAAUGGCGGUCCUGGACCAAGCAGUAGAAGCAUCAGCAGCGGCGGCAGUGACGACGAAUUUGGUCUCCCGCCUGCAGGCAAGAAUGCCGUCAAAGUCGCCCACCCUGACGAGUUCGACCUCGAUCUGGAUGGCCUCUCAGACGACGACCUCCCACCCGCUGCGAGCAGUGCAUCGCGCCUCCGCCGCGCAUCUUCCCACCCCUCACCAGGCACGCAUACGCCAUCACCCAACGCCGUAUCGGCCAGCGUCUCACCCGCCAGACAACCACCAGGCCUUAGCGCACGCGAAGCCCUACGAGACCUCUGGCAGGGCGGUGCCUCAGGCGACCACGCCGCCUGGUUCCGACAACUCGACGAAGACUAUAUCAAGCCGAAACUACUGCUUGACCAGUCGAAUCACAAGGGACCCGGUGCGGUCUAA